UACUUCGGGCGAAGAAGACAAAGUAGAAGAACGUCCGGCUUCUUUUCCUCGAGCAGUCAAGAAGGAAGACCAUGAAGUGGUUUCUAGACGCCUUCGCGUACAUCUGGUGUACACUGAUGAAGAUCUUUGAAAGUGUAUUUUUGUCGUUCACGCGCGGUCAAGUUUCUGAAACAGAAAAUUCGGUCGAGAGAAAACCUGCCGCCAGCACCAUCUUGGACCCCCCAGAGGAAACCGCGAAGCCCAUCACGACCACGGCCAAGGAUGAGACAAGUCUUGAUGAAAAAAAACCAUCCGAACAGUCGUUCAACGACUGCGAGCUGAACGGCAUAGAAACUGCAGAGACAACGUUCACCGUGGAGCCGCUGGCGGAACAAGCAGAUCCGAUAAGACCGAGUGGCGAAGGACCACCAGGCGGCUCAGAUCAGUGGAGACCAGAAUUGGAGGCCCCGGCUCCUGCGGAACCGGUGGCCUCGACCUCGCAAGCCGUGUGCGUCGUUGGCGCAGAUUGUCCACCGCCUAGGCCCCGCAGGUCUGCCAGACCAGGAACUAAUAGGGCACGACAUGUACAGUGCCAUAGCUCGGAUGCCCCCCGGCGUGUUCCUGAGACGACGUCCCGAUUGCGGUCGGGAAGAUCAUAUGAGAGCAUGGCGACGCGAGACGCGACGCGAACAAAGUCGUCAAAUAAAAAGCAGGCACCUCCGCCAUGGCGGUGAGGUGUAAAAACUGUA